AUGGAGCUUCGCAAGUGAUUUGCCAGGCAAAUGUAUUAUCAUUUUAGUUCACUACGUUUGAUCUACAAUCAGUUUUGUCCACGCAUUGUCAAUUAACGAAGGAAAACCAGCGCCAGUGGAGCCCCCUCAAGCCAGUUGUAUCACUGAGUGAGGAAAGAAAGACGAAGAGAAAACGAGGAACAACCAAGCGGGUAUAUUUCGCGCUAGAACGAGAACCUUUCAAGCUGAAAAUUGCAAAGAGCUUUCCACAGAUACUGUACUUUCUUUUGUAAAUAAUGUCUGUCGAACAUGGACGGACAAAUGCAGAGUACGUAAGUUGGAAAAAAAGAAGGUAAUAUUUUAAUUUCAACGGGCAUGUAGCAGAACGUUGAUUUUAUUAAAGCGCGUACUAUGUUUGCCUUAGAUGUCUGAUUGCUCAUUUUCUUCCAACAAGGCUUUGAGUAAGAGCAACCUUUCAGAUAGAAAAUAGCGUGUGGCACGAAAUUUUUGUGGGCAUUUUUUUGUAUUUUGCGGGAACAAAUUUUUGCGAUUAGGACAGAUUGGUUUUCUUGCUUGUCAUUGAUUUUUUCCAUUUUCAGAUAGUACCCAAUACCCAACAUUGAUUAUAUUUUCGUUUUUGUUAAGUUUGAGCAACAGAAAUACAUUAACUAUUUCAAACAUCACUACGGUCUGCGUACCCUAUGUAAAACCAGUAACUCACUGUAUACGUUCUUUUUUUCUGAAUGAAGGUUACCAUCUGAAUUACAAGGUAAAUUCAAUUCCUUAUAGACUAACAAUGGUCAUCAAAGGUCACGCCAGCGUCAUAUUGCCUUAUGGUCACCUUUUGAACUAACUCGGCAUGGGGUCCUCUAAAACAAAAGCCAUCUGAGACCAAGAAGAACUUUAAGCGUGAAAUUUAGCUAUUAAGCAGCGUUUUAGAUAAAUAUUUACUGAAAACAAUUUUUCUGCAAGGAUUAUAACGAUUGGCUAUACAGACAACAACCUGUGUAUUUUAUUCAAGCCAAGACAGGCGUCGCAUCGAUACGUGCACCCACUCUUUAAAAAAACACACCGCCUGUGUGUGUUCUAAAAGCCCGAAAGAACUCUUUUCUUGUCCAUUUGAAAGCUUAAUUUAAUGAAUCGAACUUGUGAUUAUUGUUACCAUUGAUAUGAUUAAUUAUUACAAGCUUUUUUCUUAGAACCGAACAUAAUAGUAACCUAAUGAUCUCCUGGGUACAACCUUUUUUCCAUGAAUUCCACGAAAUGGCAGUCGCGUAUGAAAACAAAGGCUUCGUGCUCAGUGCUGAGCACGCCGAACACAUCAACGAGCGCCACGUGGAUAGGGAAAAAGCACCGCGAGCGAACAAGUUCUACGGGAAGUUUAACUUGACCGCGACACUUGGUUUGCUAACCCGCAAAACAUGGGAGGAGAGAGACGACUUCGUCAUCAUCGAGUCGGUUUCAAGACGGGUCACGGCGAGUAUUUUAUGUACUUAUUUGAGAUGGGGAAGAAUAUUGGUACCAAUCCGUGGGCAUAUGCGAGUAGAAAGAUUUGUAUCUACUACUCGUAUAAUCCAAAAAUCGCUAACAAGUUCCGAAUUAUCUCCGCGUAUCCCUUUUCGUGGAGGUAUCACAACUUUCUGAAACAGCGAAAGCUUGGGCUCCCAACAUAUUAAACCCUACAGGGUGCUGUAGGUAAAUCACUUUACUUAUAACUUUACUUAUAUUCCUUGGCUUAGUACAACUGCCUCUAAUCUUAAUAUUUCCGCCCCUAAUUUUCCGGUUCCCACUGACUUUACGUUAGACAACACUACUCUCGUUUCCUUAGAUCACACCUACAAUCUUCGCGGUCAGUCGCUCACCCAGCGUCUCACAAAACUCAGAAAAGACAUUUCUAACUUACAAAUAGCCUCCACCACCACCGUGAACGAUAUUUUCACUUAAUGUAACAUUUGUUUUAACAAUGUCGUCUUCAGCAACCAUUACAGUUACCUACCAUUUCCCUCUCUACACGUGAUACUACAACAGACGACUAAGUUCUUUAUCUUUCUUUCUUUCUUUUUUUAUCAUUCCGAUGCACAGCUUUAGCCCCAGUGUUUACACCUAUCUUAUUUUGCGAUACUCUUUCUUUUUACCGUCUUCUUUGGUUUUCUUUUUCCCUUUAUUUCCUUUGUCUUUCCUCGUUUGACUAUACAUGUCAUCCACUAUAUAUUCCACCGUUAUUCGCUGUUCUUUCACCCUUUUCUGCGGAGUUCAUUUAGCCUUUUCACUGUUUUGUGUCUAUUUCCACCAAAACGUUAUUUAUCAUGCCUCGUUCGGUGGCCAAAACACCACUGACAAUCCGUCUUACAAGUGGCCGAGGACGCACUGCGUCAAUUAAGACCACCAAAAGGAGCAUCCAGGAGCUGUCGACCGUCAGAGCCUUCGUACAAGCUCGGAUAAGGUCGCCUUUGACUAAGUGUGAGAAUAGGUGCUGUGCACGUCGGUUCCAUCCCCGCACACACCUCUGCUAUGCUACCGAGAGUUUUCACUCGCCCGAGUGCCAGGAAAUUAUGGUCGCCUUACAGGACAACACACUGUUGGACUGCCGAACGACAUAUCCCUUUUUGCUAGUCGUCGACGUAGCACUUUACCUCCUGCUGGAGAAAGACUAUUUUUAACGGCAGAUUGCCACAUAUGCUCUCCUGGCAUUACAGGAAUCGUACUUUUCAACGGACUUUUUGUUAGUAAUUUAUGACCUUCUCACCAACAACCACGAGGACAUUAUUUGUAUCUCCAAUACUGUUCCUGUGCGCCCAAGAUUGUGACCUUGGCGCACAAUCUUUUAUCCUUGUCUGUUUAACGGAACUGGGUUCUUCUGGGGAGAACCAUGACAUUCUAUGCAAUUUUAUGCCUUUCAAUUAUUAUUUAUUGAUUUGUUUUCUUUUCCUAGCAUUUUCCUCGAAUUACUUACUCCUUGUUCUUAGUUUAUUUACUUAAUUCGACUUUCGCUUUUUUAACUUACAUUUCCUUUUUGCUUUUCAUUGAACCCCCGAGGCCAGUAUAUUUAGGCUAGUUCGGUUUAUGCCGCGAGUCAGGCACAAAAGCAAAUACAAAAUUUCCAAAAACCCAGAAAAUCAAAUAUAAAAUUUCAACAUAAAGGUAAGUUUUAGAAAGUUUUAUUCGCUGUGACUUUUUCUUAGUUUUUCUCGUAUAUUUUUUAUCGUUUUCCUUUUAAUUUUCUCUAAUCAGCUGAGGACAGGUGAGACUUAAGGUGGGAGGAAUGUGAAGUGUGAAGAGAUAAUUUAUUGUUAUUCAGUUAUUUUGCUUUCGCUGAUAAAAAUGUGAAAAGCCAAUGUAGAAACCAUUUAUUCUUUAGUCUUAACUUCUUUAAGCCGUAAACAACCUGUUGAUUUAUUGAGCAUAAACUUAGUUGUCAAGUCGUAAUUGUAUUUAGUCUUCAAACUGUAAUCAACCUGUAAGAAGCCGUUAUCCACCUAUGUAGCUUUUGAAAGUAAUUAAUGUUUCAAAGCAAGCUUAAGUUUCCACCAAUAGUCUUGGAGAAAUGAUUGUUAUCCGCUAUAUUUUCCACCGUUAUUCGCUGCUCUUUCACCCUUCUCUAAGGAGUUCAUUCACGCUUUGCGCUGUUUUCAGUCUAUUCUACAUCCAAACGUUUUUAUCAUGCCUCGUUCGUUCGCAAGGACACAACUCAAAAUCAGCGUUACAAGUGGCCGAGGACGCCCAGCAGAAGUUAAGAUCACUACACUGAGUAGGAAGUUAAGACCACUACAGGAGCUGUCCGCCAUCAGCGCUUUUACCCAAGCACGGGUACGGUCUCCCCUGACCAAGUGCAAAAAUAGGGGCUGUGCACGUCGCUCACAUCCUCGCACGUACCUCUGCUACGACAGCAAAAUCUUCACUCGCCCGAGUGCCAAGGAAUUAUGGUUGCUUACGACCUAUCCCUUCUUACUGGUGGUCGACGUGGCUCUCUACCUUCUCCUCGGAAAGGACUACUUCCAACGACAGAUCGCAAUAUAUGCCCUCCUGACUUUGCUAGAGUCAUACUUUUCCACGGACUUUCUUUUAGUCAUCUACCACCUUUUAACCAACAACCACGAGGACUUUACUCGUUAUUUAUACUUACAAUAUUGUUCCCGUGCGCUUAAGAUUGUGACCACGGCGCACAAUCUGUAUCCGUCUCUCUUCCACGGAACUGGGUUCUCCUGGGGAGAACCGUGACAUUUUAUGGAAUUUUAUAGGUUGUAAUUAUUUUUUUUUCUUAAUUUUCUGUUCGUGACAUUUUCCUCGACCUAUUUAAUCUAUGUUCUUAGUUUAUUUACGUAAUUCGACUUUCAGUUUAUUAAUUUACAUGUCUUUCUUGCUUUUCAUUGAACCCCCGAGGCCAGUAUAUUUAGGCAAGUUCGGUUUAUGUCGCGGUUCAGGCACAAAAACAAAUACAAAAUUUCAAAAAAAAAAACAGCCAGAAAAUCAAAUAUAAAAUUUCAACAUAAACGUAAGUUUUAGAAAGUUUAAUUCGCUGUGACUUUUUCUUAAUUUUUCUCGUAUAUUUUUGAUCGUUUUCCUUUUAAUUUUCUCUAAUCAGCUGAGGACGGAUGUUUUGUAAGAUUUUCUUUGGUUAUGUUUUGACUGUACCCGCAGUAUAGUCUUGGAUUAAACUUCUACGUUGGAGCCAAGUUCUGUAGUAAUCAUUGUCUCAAGGGUAUUCAGCAGACGUAAGAGAUUCCGUACCUUCCCGCAGCCAGCGAGUGUCCCCAUGAAAAGCGCCUUUCCCAGAGUUCUAGAGUUUUUCCCCGUCCGUCGAUUUACCCUUUUAUGAAGGCAAAACCUGUUUUCACAGUUACUGCCGUUGCUGCCGCAUCUACCACCGUACCACUGUCUGUCUACCCUCUUCUUGGUUUAAUAAGGACUCGCUUAACACUUUUAUCGACUUUGCAGACUCACACUAAAGUAACGACAGGAACAUAUUGAUAGAGCAUGACCCUCUCGAGGUACCUGCUCUAGCCAACCACUUUUCUUUUUGUAUGACGAUCAGUUAAAAUGCAAUACUGCGCUCACACCAUUUCUUCACCCACGAUUUGCGCAUGAUCAUCCUAAUACCGCAGUACCAUCUCAUGAACUCUGCGAACAAUUUCCUUACCUAUCUCCGUACCAACCACAAAGCCUGCUUCACCUUGUCUCUCAACCGCCUUAUACCUAUUAACUCUCAUCACAAUUUCGAAGCCUUUGUUUCAUGGGAAACACAAAACGUCUCCUGUAAUGUGAAACUCUUGCCCAUUACGGCUGAUGACCAAUAUGUCAAGGAACGACUCGAAAAACCGAUUUGAACCAUGAAAACAUGAUCGCAAGCUGAAUCAGCGCAAUAUACCCACAUUAUCCACUCAAAGUAAUCACUAUAUAAGCAAACCAAACUGUAAAUCAUUCCAAACCCAGCAGUCAGCAGAUUUUAUCAACUGAAACCACACCUUUAAAAAAGCCAUACCAUCCCUUUUUGCAAUUUUUGCAUUUUGUUUCAGACUGGCCCUUUAUGGACCUUUAUGCAUUGAGUGGUCAACAAAACUAUUCUCACAGACUAACACCUUUUGGCCACUUUUUCAACCAGUUCCUCUAAUUUUGGAUUGUUUUUCCCUUUUUACCAUUUUGAUUUACGAUACAAUUCUUUUCUUUGUCUAUUGCUCUGCUUUUCUUUGUUCAUUUACUUUAACUUCUAAAUGACACUAAGUGGUAUUAGACAUAAAAGUGUUUUGUUGAAAAAAUAAAUAUAGUUAUUUAAGUUUUCAUUUGGUUUUUCUGUAGCUGGACAUUGAUUUCUUACAGACCUCUGAAAUCAAUUUGUAAGUUUUGUAACCUUGUGAUAUAAUUUUGCAUUAAGGACAUGUCCUUAAAGUUAAAGCCACCAAUAAAUUGAUUCAAAUAAGUUUAACUAAAUAUACCGUCCUUAAAGUUAAAUACAUUAAUAAAUUGAAUCAAAUGAAUUUAACUAAAUAUACUGUCACUAGUAGCGGAACAAAUUAAUAAUUAUAGAGGUUUUAGCGUUCUUGACCAAUAGCGAUAAAAACAACUUAUAAAUAAGUUUUGUAAACGCCGAUUAUAUAAACUCCACGAGACCACGGUAUUUCACAAUAUUAUCUUCAAUUCAGACCUCCACACUGUUAACAGUUUCCAGGUUGCGUUUCGAGCGAUAAAAAUGCUUCAAGACUUUACCACUUUUAGCCUUGAGCGCUAUUUAAGAACCUUAGGAACCUGGCCAUGAUCGUCGGCUUUUAAAAGAUCAGAACGACAUGUAAAAGCCCCAACAAAGAAAAGUUUUACGAUCGAUGAUAUUUUGAAGAGGCGUGGGAGGAACCGACAAAAAAUGCAAGGAAACUAGUGAACUCUGGAAGUAAAUUGAAGUCUUGUCGGGUUUACUGUUUGGCAACAAAUUUGUUUAACUGUCAACGUCUCUCUUCUUGUUCAACUCACAAACCGACGUCAUUUAAUAAAAUUUGCUGUAGGGUUGCUGACCCACUAAGCAAAGAAGAGGCUUCAGCUAGUCCCCGUCAGAAAAGUUCUUCAAAAAAGUGGUGGAGAAUCCGCCUUCUUCGCGUACCAUUUUAUGUCUGGGCGUGGCCGUGGCCGUGGUCGUGGUACACUGCAACAGCCAAAGGGACCUCUUCGUCGACCUACCGGCCUGCCCUUGGUCCUGAUUAUCCACAGGCUUAAGGAGCAUCUAUACGAAGCAGGAGUGCCGCGGGUACCACAAGUGAGCCCACCCUUUUAACUCCAAGAGGAGAAGAAACACAGUGUUCGAGCCGCACCUUGUUAGGGCGUUGACCCGCAGAAGAUAUUGUACUUUGUAAAUCCCUUUUGAGACCACUCAAGUAGAAGCAGGCGCUUGUGCGUCGACGACACACACAAAAAAAGGAAAGGACGGCCCAAAAAGAGAAUACGUAAUGACCCAAGCCAGGAAAUUGUAAGCGAACAUUAUGAUUCAAUUAUUCCAGUACCUCUGAUGCAUCAUUAGUUUUGCGUAUUACUAGCUUUUGUUUAACACAAAACCGAAAAAAAAAAUAUCGCUUCUUAUUCUAGUAAAGCCUCAGCGAAGUACGAUAGAAAUGGUUUACGUGCAUGCCUAAAACUGCCCCUUCAAGUCAGACCCACACUGACAUUUGUACUUGUCCUCACGGUGAAUCAGUUCCAUCUACCGCUACAAUCAUGAACGACGAUCAAAUUUGUUGAAAUGCCGACCGACGUCUUCUAGUUCAACUCACAAACCAAUGUCGUUCAAUAAAAUUUGCUGUCAGGUUGCCAACCCAAUUAGCAAAUAGGAAAAAAGACUAGUGAUACAGAAGGAGAGUGAAACAAACCACGAAAUGACAACCAAAGCAACCUGGCCUGGUUAGUAAAAGUUUUCACAAAGAUGUCGUGUUUGUAAAAGAUGGUACGACUAAAAUAGUUUAAACUUCUGCUGAAGCAAGGACAACACCAAAGGAGACAGGAGAUGCCAUAGACUUAAUGAAAUAUCAAAUACUGUUCAUAGCGAUUUAAAAUAUUUUAAGAACCAUGUCUUAGGCAGCCGAGUUGGAAAAAGGGUGAGAGAGUAAAUGUUUGUAAAGUGCACACUUUUUCAUUUUGGUGUUCGAUAAUUUGCUGAACUUUUAAUCCCCAACAAGUAGUAAAAUUUAACAAGUACUAUACACCAUAUUGACGGUUCAAAGUUCAAUAAAUUUUCACAGGCAAUUUCCUAGCCUAAAGAACCUAGUACCUCCCUUUUUAUUUCUUCCAAGAAGUAAUUUACUAAGCACACGAUGCAGCCAAAUCAAUAUGCGUCCACGACAACUCCCUUAACUUGACAAACAACCAAAGUCUCAAAGCCACCAGUAAUGAGUAAACCAUUGUAAUCAAGUCAAACCGUCUACAUCAUUUUACCCUAAACGACUGAUUCAAGACAGGUGGCCACAAAGAACUUUCUAUUAUUAAAGCCUAUUACACCAUAGCGACAACUCCAUCAUCCUGACAAACAAUAUACCGAGGACACAUUUAUUUCUGUCUCAAAGCCAUUUGUAACGGGUAUAGCUGGAAUAAAUUCCAGUUCCUAUCAGUUCUUGUUUGGAGACUGAACAAAAGAGGAAAUGAUCAGAGGAAUUGCCUUGACACAGAACCAAGCAGCACACCAACACAUCAAGCAAAGGUCCAAAACCCAAAAAACAACAUUGCAAUAUGGUAAUAUGAACAUUUUCUUACCAAAUGAUCGUUAAUAUUAAACGUUUAUGGAACUUUUACCUAAAUACUGUCAGUUAUAUAAUUGGCUAAAAGUUAGUCUAAUUGUACACCUAGCCAAGCUCCUAGUUGUCAUGUGAAAACAUGGUCGCAAACUCGGCUGAAUUAAGCAAAAUGUACCCACAUAAUCCGCUCAUAUAAUAAGCAAACCAAACUGAAACUCAUUUCAAACCCAACAGUCUGCAGUUUUUAUCAACUUAAACCAGACCUACAUCCCUUUUUGCAAUUUUUGCAUUCUUUUGCACACUGGCACUGUAUAGCUUGAGUGGUCAAAAUUAUUCUCACAGACUAAAACCUUUUGGUCACUUUUUUACCGUUUCCUCUAAUUUUGGAUUGUUUUUCCCUUUUUUCCCUUUUAAUUUACAAUACAUGUUUUUUGUUUAUUGCUGUGUUUUUCUUUGUUUAUUCACUUUAACUUCUAAAUGACACUAAGUAGUCAUUAGACGUAAAAGUGUUUUGUUGAUAGACUACAUAUAGUUAUUUAAGUUUUCAUUUGUUUUUUUUGUAGAUGGACUUUAAUUUCUAACAGACCUCUGAAAUAAAUUUGAAAGUUUUGUAACCUUGUGAUAUAAUUUUGCAUUAAGGACAUGUCCUUAAAGUUAAAGCCAUCAAUAAAUUGAUUCAAAUAAGUUUAACUAAAUAUACUGUCACUGGUAGCAGAACAAAUUAAUAAUUACAGAGGCUUUUUACAGGAAAUGUCUGAGAAUUUUGUCGGUGCAUAGCAAACUGUCCGUAUUAGAGAGGUGUCCGUAUGCAGAAGUUCGACUGUACCACAAAACGAGAAAUCUGAUUACUGUUAUCCAAACUUCUUUCAGUAAAUCAGUAACUCGGAUACAUUACGCUAAUAGCGUUUUUGACCUAUGGCGAUAAAAAACAACUUAAAAGUUUUGUAAACACAAAUUCGGAUACUAUAAAACUCGAUCAGACCACGGUACUUGACACAAUUAUCUUGCAUUCACACUUCUUUGUUAGCGAAAAGGUUAUACAGAAAACAUUAAAAGGCCUUGCUGAGUUUAACACACUGUUAACAGUUUUCAGGUUGCGUUUGGGUGUUAAAAAUGGUUCAAUACCACUUCUAGCCUUGAGAGUUGUUUGAGAACCUUAGGAACCUGGCGAAGAUCAUCGGUAAUUAACAGAACAGAAGGGCAUGUGAAAGCCCCGACAACGAAAACUUUUAUGAUCGAUGAUAUUUUGAAUAGGGAGGAACCGACAAAAAAAGCAAGGAAACUAGUGAACUCUGUAAGUAAAUUGAAGUCUUGUCGAGUUAUAAUUUUUCAGACACUAAAUUAAUUUCGGUCGUUUUAAGUAGAAAUUGUCUGUGUUGCGUGGUUAAUCUUUAGAAGUGAAUGAUGUAGUCGGCUUUUGCGUUUUAUGGCCGGCUUCAUUUGUUGAUUCUUCAUAUAAAAUGGAGUUAGACGAUAAUUGUCGUUUUAGUUUUGAAAGUUAAGCAUUUACUUUUUGGCAACAAAUUUGUUGAAAUGCCGACCGACGUCUUUUUGUUCAACUCACAAACCGAUGUCAUUCAAUAAAAUUUGCUGUCAGUUUGCCGACCCAAUUAGCAAAUAGGAAAAACGACUAGUGAUACAGAAGGAGAGUGAAACAAACCACAAAUGACAAACAAAGUAAUCUGGCCUGGUUAGUAAAACUUUUCACAAAGAUGUCGUGUUUGUAAAAGAUGAACUAAAUCAGUUUAAACUUCUGCUGAGCAAGACAACACCAAAAGACCCAGGAAGACAUAGGAGAUGCCAUAUAGUUAAUGAAAUUUCAAGUACUGUUGAUAGCGAUUUAAAACAUUUAAAGAACCAUGUCUUAGACAGUUGAGAUGGAAAAAGGGUGAGAGGGUAAAUUUUUAUAAAGUGCACACUUUUUCAUUUUGGUGUUCGAUAAUUUGCUGAACUUUGAAACCCCAACAAGUAUUAAAAUUUAACAAGUAUACACCAUAUUUACGGUUCAAAGUUUGGUGGAUUUUCACAGGGAAUUUAAUCCAAGCCUGAAGAAGCUAGUACUUCACUUUUUAUUUCUUCCAAUACGUAAUUUCCCUCACAACAACUGCUUGACAAACAAUUGUCACAAUUAUUUCUUCCAAACUGUCAAAGCCACUAGUAAUGAGUAAACCCAUUUGAUCAUCAUUCCAAUUUUUUUGUAUCCAUUGUAAUCAAGUCAAACCAUCUACAUCAUAUUAACCUAAACGACCGAUUCAAGACAUGCGCCCACAAAGAACUCUCUAGUAUAAGCCUAUUACACUAUAGCGACAACUCCACCACCUCCGAAAAACAAUAUACCGAGUACACUUUUAUUUCUACCCAAGUCUCAAAGCCAUUUGUCACGGGUAUAGCUGGAAUUUAUUCCAACUCCUAUCAGUUCUUGUUUGGAGACUGGGUACAUUCCCCUGAACAAAAGAGAAAAUGAGCAGAGGAAUUGCCUUGACCAAGAACCAAGCAGCACACAAACACAUCAAGCAAAGGUCCAAAACCCAAGAAACAACAUUGCAAUAUGGUAAUAUGAACAUUUUCGUACCAAAUGAUCUUUAAUAUUGAACGUAUAAGGAAUUUUUACCUAAAUACUGUCAGUCAUAUAAUUGGCUAAAAGUUAGUCUAAUUGUACACCUAGCUAAGCGCCUAGUUGUCAUGUGAAAACAUGGUCGCAAACUGAAUAAGCAAAAUAUACCCACGUUAUCCGCUCAUAUAAUAAGCAAACCAAACUGAAACUCAUUUCAAACCCAACAGUGAGCAGUUUUUAUCAACUUAAUCCAGACCUACACCUUUUCAAAUCCCAUGCAAUGCUAUCCUUUUUUGCAAUUUUUGAAUUUUGUUGCACACUGGCACUGUAUGGCUUGAGUGGUCAUCAAAAUUAUUCUCACAGACUAAAACCUUUUGGUCACUUUUUUACCGCUUCCUCUAAUUUUGGAUUGUUUUUCCCUUUUAUCCCUUUUAAUUUGCAAUUAUACAUUUUUUUUUGUUUAUUGCUGUGUUUUUCUUUGCUCAUUCACUUUAAGCUCUAAAUGACACUAAGUAGUAUUAGACGUAAAAGUGUUUUGCUUUGUUUUGUGUUUUGUUGAUAGUCUACAUUUAGUUAUUUAAGUUUUCAUUUGGUUUUUCUGUAGAUGGACAUUAAUUUCUUACAGACCUCUGAAAUCAAUUUGUAA